AAGGAACUUCGUUGUUUUCUAUUUUCCCACAUUUACUGAGUUUUCUGCACCAAGCUUGGAAUCUGGCCACGUGGAAGUCAGGAGAAAGAUUUAUGUUUUUACCCCCCAGGAAACUAUAAAAAGGGGGUUAUUUGCCUAUAAACUUUCUGCAGGACCGCUGUAUAGAUACCCAUCCUUUCUUCAGAGAAACAGUAACCCUGAGACCAUGGCUGCAGUCGAGGAGAAUUCAGAGACACUUAGGAAACAGUGGGCUUGGGAGAUCUGCAUAAUUACAUAAGUCCUCUGAUUAACUAAAAACUUUUCCACUGGGUUGCAGCUUCGUGUGCCAGGGCACCAACAACAAGCUCACCCAGCUGGGCACUUUCGAUGACCACUUCCUGAGCCUCCAGAGGAUGCUGAACAACUGCGAGGUGGUCCUUGGGAAUUUGGAAAUUACCUACAUGCAGAAGGACUAUGACCUUUCCUUCUUAAAGACCAUCCAGGAGGUUGCCGGCUAUGUCCUCAUUGCCCUCAACGUGGUGGAGAAGAUUCCUCUGGAAAACCUGCAGAUCAUCCGGGGGAACGUGCUCUUUGAGAACACCCACGCCUUGUCAGUCCUGUCCAACUAUGGCCCCAACAAAACCGGCCUGAGGGAGCUGCCCAUGAGGAACCUGCAGGAGAUCCUGCAGGGCGCGGUGCGCUUCAACAACAACCCGGCGCUCUGCAACGUGGACACCGUCCAGUGGCGCGACAUCGUCGACAGCAGUUUCCUGAGCAACAUGUCGCUGGACUUUCAGAACACGUACGGCAACUGCCAGAAGUGCGACCCAAGCUGUCCCAACGGGAGCUGCUGGGGUUCGGGAAAGGAGAACUGUCAGCAACUGACCAAAAUCAUCUGUGCCCAGCAGUGUUCCGGGCGCUGCCGGGGCAGGUCCCCCAGCGACUGCUGCCACAACCAGUGCGCAGCGGGCUGCACCGGGCCCCGCGAGAGCGACUGCCUGGUGUGCCGCAGGUUCCGGGAUGAAGCCACGUGCAAGGACACCUGCCCGCCGCUCAUGCUGUACAACCCCACCACGUACCAGAUGGACGUCAACCCGGACGGGAAGUACAGCUUCGGCGCCACCUGUGUGAAGAAAUGCCCCCGUAACUACGUGGUGACAGACCACGGCUCCUGCGUCCGGGCCUGCAGCUCCGACAGCCGCGAGGUGGAGGAAGACGGCGUCCGCAAGUGUAAAAAGUGCGAAGGGCCCUGUCGCAAAGUGUGUAACGGGAUAGGGAUCGGAGAGUUUAAGGACACGCUUUCCAUAAACGCCACGAACAUCCAGCACUUCCGGAACUGCACCACCAUCAGCGGGGACCUGCACGUCCUGCCCGUCGCCUUUCGGGGCGACUCCUUCACACACACGCCGCCCCUGGACCCAAAGGAGCUGGACAUUCUGAAGACCGUGAAGGAGAUCACAGGGUUUCUGCUGAUCCAGGCCUGGCCGGAAAACAGGACGGACCUCCACGCCUUCGAGAACCUGGAGAUCAUCCGGGGCAGGACAAAGCAGCACGGCCGCUUUUCUCUCGCAGUCGUCGGGCUGGACAUCACGUCCCUGGGGUUGCGCUCCCUCAAGGAGAUCAGUGAUGGAGACGUGAUCAUUUCGGGAAACCGGAACCUGUGCUACGCGGACACAAUAAAAUGGGAAAAACUGUUUGGGACCACGAGUCAGAAAACCAAGAUCUUAACCAACAGAGACGGGAAAGACUGCAAGGCCCAAGGCCACAUCUGUAACCCGCUGUGCUCAUCCGAAGGCUGCUGGGGCCCGGAGGCCAGAGACUGCAUGUCCUGCCUGAAUGUCAGCCGCAACCGGGAGUGCGUGGAGAGGUGCAACCUCCUGGAGGGCGAGCCCCGGGAGUUUGUGGAGAACUCCGAGUGCAUCCAGUGCCACCCGGAGUGCCUGCCGCAGGCCAUGAACGUGACCUGCACGGGACGGGGACCGGACAGCUGCGUGAAGUGUGCCCACUACAUGGACGGCCCUCACUGCGUCAAGACCUGCCCGGCCGGGGUCAUGGGCGAGAACAGCACGCUGGUCUGGAAGUUCGCGGACGCCAGUCACGUCUGUCACCUGUGCCACCCCAACUGCACCUACGGCUGUACGGGGCCGGGUCCUGAAGGCUGCAUCAAGCCCCAGAUCCCGUCCAUCGCCAUGGGCAUCGUGGGGGGCCUCUUCUUCGUGCUGAUGGUGGCCCUCGGCGUCGGCCUGCUUCUGCGCAGGCGCCACAUCGUCCGCAAGCGCACGCUGCGCCGGCUGCUGCAGGAACGCGAGCUCGUGGAGCCCCUGACGCCCAGCGGGGAGGCGCCCAACCAAGCCCUCCUGAGGAUCUUAAAGGAGACAGAAUUCAAAAAGAUCAAGGUGCUGGGCUCCGGCGCCUUCGGCACCGUGUACAAGGGCCUCUGGAUCCCCGAAGGCGAGAAGGUUAAAAUUCCCGUGGCCAUCAAGGAAUUAAGAGAAGCCACGUCUCCCAAAGCCAACAAGGAAAUUCUCGACGAAGCCUACGUGAUGGCCAGCGUGAACAACCCCCACGUGUGCCGCCUGCUGGGCAUCUGCCUGACCUCCACGGUGCAGCUCAUCACGCAGCUCAUGCCCUUCGGCUGCCUCCUCGACUACGUCCGCGAGCACAAGGACAACAUCGGCUCCCAGCACCUGCUCAACUGGUGUGUGCAGAUUGCCAAGGGCAUGAACUACCUGGAGGAGCGGCGGCUGGUGCACCGGGACCUGGCGGCCAGGAACGUCCUGGUGAAGACGCCGCAGCACAUCAAGAUCACGGACUUCGGGCUGGCCAAGCUGCUGGGCGCCGAGGAGAAGGAGUACCACGCGGAGGGGGGCAAGGUGCCCAUCAAGUGGAUGGCCUUGGAAUCUAUUUUACACCGAAUCUACACCCACCAAAGUGACGUCUGGAGCUACGGAGUCACCGUGUGGGAGCUGAUGACCUUUGGGUCCAAGCCCUACGACGGGAUCCCGGCGAGCGAGAUCUCGACCAUCCUGGAGAAGGGAGAGCGCCUCCCGCAGCCACCCAUCUGCACCAUCGACGUCUACAUGAUCAUGGUCAAGUGCUGGAUGAUAGAUGCAGACAGUCGCCCCAAAUUCCGCGAGCUGAUCAACGAAUUCUCCAAGAUGGCCCGAGACCCCCAGCGUUACCUUGUCAUCCAGGGCGACGAGAGGAUGCACCUGCCCAGCCCCACGGACUCCAGUUUCUACCGCACGCUGAUGGAAGAGGAGGACAUGGAGGACCUGGUGGACGCCGACGAAUACCUGGUCCCCCAGCAGGGCUUCUUCCACAGCCCCUCCACCUCCCGGACGCCCCUCCUGAGCUCCCUGAGCGCGACCAGCAACACCUCCACCGUGGCCUGCAUCGACAGAAACGGGCAGAGCUGUCCCCUCAAGGAAGACAGCUUCCUGCAGCGGUACAGCUCAGACCCCACCGGCGCCCUGACUGAGGACAACAUCAACGACACUUUCCUCCCAGUGCCAGAAUACAUAAACCAGGCGGUCCCCAAAAGGCCCGCAGGCUCUGUGCAGAACCCCGUCUAUCACAACCAGCCUCUGAACCCAGCUCCCAGCCGAGACCCCCACUACCAGAACCCCCUCAGCAACGCCGUGGACAACCCAGAGUAUCUCAACACCGUCCAUCCCCCCGGCGUCAACGGAGUCCCUGACGGCCCUGCCCUCUGGGUGCAGAAAGGCAGCCACCAAAUCAGCCUGGACAACCCUGACUACCAGCAGGACUUCUUUCCCAGGGAGGCCAAGUCCAAUGGCAUCUUCACAGGCCCGACGGCCGAAAAUGCAGACUACCUGAGGGUAGGCCCCCCCAGCAGUGAAUUUAUUGGGGCAUGACCACGGCGGCACCAACAACCACAAGUCCAGACUCUUCAGCCCCCAGGACCAGCCACGGCAGCCGCUCGGUCCUGACGGCCGUGCCCACACCACUCCUGGCCCCCUGGGCUGGGUUGGCCGCAUCCGCUCUCAUCACCUGAUCGGCCCACCUUCCAGCCAGGAAGUGCCCCUGCUCGGGUGUCCUUUGGGACACUGCAGGGACGUCCCUCUGUCUUCACACUGUGAGGCUCCACAAAAGAUAUCCAGCCAAGAAUGUUGUCCAUCUGGGCAGACGCUCACCUUGCAAUCAGGUAUAUUGGGGGGGAAAAAGCUACAUAUAUAAAAGGAGCUGUAUUGCUUGGGGGCCUUUGGGACUUUUAAUGGUCAUUACUGACUUGCUCUGAGUGGGCUUUUCCCAUGAGGAAGAAACUUGUUCGUACGUAGCACUCGCUGCACUGCGUCACGGGGGCCCAGCUGGGACCAGGAGCAAGGGCCGCUCUUCAGCUGACACCUGAUCCAGUGUCUCUGCUUCGAGGCCCUUCCACUGCCAGACAGUUACAGACGAGAAGCCCUCCCUGAGCUACGCAGGCCUGACGGUGAUGGCAGCCGGUCCUGGCAGGGUCAAGGGGAUAAGCCACUUUGAACCCCUUCCCGGGCAAGGAGGAAACAGCUAGAAGUCCUCCUCGGAUGACUUUUAUAUCAGUGUCUCCUGGUACUUGCCCUCCACGGGUUCACCAGCGUCUUCUCAUGAGCACUAAGACUUCCUCGUGUCUUUUCCAUUCCACUGUUUUUGAAACCCAGUGUGAUUUCCCCCGUCAGCGAGGGGAGACGGUACAGCCAACAGCCCAGGUGGGCUCCCGGCUGAAUCAGUAGCCUUCAGACCGGAAGCCUUUCAUUAAGAUGCAGAAACCCCACCAAGAACAUAUCCCCCCAGAUCUGAGUCUCAAAGGAAACCCAUUCGGUCCUUUGGGAGCCUGGGGGUGCACACACAUCCAGAGACCAAAAGUGAAGCCAUGCUUAAAACUCACUGAGUCUCCCUUCCCCUCUCCCCCCCCCCCCCCAAAAAAAAUUAGUUUAGGCUACUCAUAGAAGAUAAUUUCCUUUUUCUUUCACUUUAAACGUUUUUUACUCGAAGGGUACUUUGUCCCUCCCUGGUAGGCCAUCCCUGAAGCGCCCCCCCUUUGCCCCAUUAAAUAAAGGAUCCAGGCUCCGAGGCCACCACUCAGCCCUCCCAUGUGGGCACACGUUACAGGCGGGCAUGGUGCUGGCGUCCUGUAUAGUGCGGAAUUCAGGUGGUAGGUAGGAAAUUCCCCACCAGAAUUUAAAAUGAGACCAUCCAACAGCAUUUCUAGGAGUCUGCCUUUUUAAGCCAUUGUCCUUACACCACUUUUAUCAUUCACCUCAGAGCGUAAUUUAGUUGGAUGUUCAUGCAGCGCUGGGAAACAGUGUCUCACAUUCCACUGUCACUUACUUGCCAAGGCACAGGGGACCGCUGAGGGAGGGCAACUGUGUAGCCAGUUACAUUGUAGCAGUUAAAUCCUAGUAUUUUUGUAGUUUGAAAUAAUUUACUCUAACAGAAUAAAACAGCAGGACAGGUUCAAGCUGUUGCUUCUCCUUUGGAUUUAAUUUUUCCUGCAUGAAACCUAGUUGCCAAACUCUCUUAGGAUUGCUUUUCUCACCACCACACCUGUUCCCGGAGGCGCAGGGGCUUGUAGACGCCGCGGAGCCUGAGAGCGGAGCUGCGGGGCCGCGGGGGCCGGGCAGGAGCGGGGCUCCCGGGAGACGGUGUUGCCAUCUGAUGGCCCUGACUGGCCAGAUCUCAAAGCUCAUACCGUCCUGCGACCCUGCAGAGGGCCUGCCUGCGGCUCCUUCCGCAGCCCAGCCUCAGCCCCUCCUGGGCAGCAGGGUUCGGGGGGAGGAAGAGGCGGGAGCUGACAUUUUCAGCGGGCCGCCGUCCUCGUGCCCGUCUUCUCAGAUCAUCUCUAAGGCGGCCCCGUCAUUGAACUCUAUGAAAAUACUUCUGUCACCUCGUGAAGUAAAACAGAUGGCUCUUCCAGGCGUAGGUCCUUGUUGGAAGUUCUUUAUUCUGAGCUGUAGCCCCCCCUCCUCGACUGCAGAUGUAAAGGAACCGUGAGCUGGACAAGCUGGGCUGCCGCCCUGGGCAUCCCCGAGGCCCCCACCGAGAAGGUUCUGAUUGAAUUCAUCUCAGGUGCAGCCUGGGCCCAGGGACUUUUCCCAGCUCCCCCGGGUUAUUCUGGGGAGCCCUGAAGCUUGGGGGACCGCUGGGAGGAAGGAAAGCUCUGUGGGGGAGACCUGACCCUCAGUCGACCGACGGUGUCCCGCUCAGAACUCCCUGGCCACAGGCCUCGGGGCGCACACGCGUUUACAAGGCUGUCGGAGGAUGGUGGCUGGAGGUUCUCACCUCACUGCCCACCAGGUGAGCUUAAAGGAAGACCAACUUAAUCAACGCCUCAGGGGCUCCCCAUGUGAUUGGAACGGAACCAGCGUUGAAACCCUCAUCUCUGAGGUCACCCUCGGUGGUCCAAGCCCAGGGGUCUGUGCCACGCCCCCAAGUCAGGACGGAAGAAAACACCCUGGGAGCAGUAAGGGUUCCCGGAGGCAACCAGCGGGAUAGCUUGCAGUCCCUAAUACGCUGGGAUGUGGCCACUCGCGGCCUUUCCGAAAGCCCCAGACUCCUGGUCACCAGCAGCCAACUGGCCCCAGAAGCGGCAGAUGCCCGUCUGAGCCCCGCUAAGCCCCGGGACCCUUUGCAUUUUCUAAGAAGUGAGACAGAUAGAAACGGGGUGUCCUCCAGCAGUGAACGAGCCGCUGGCUCCGAGGGGUGGCUGCGGGAAGGGCCCGUAACACCCACUUCACAUUCCUUUCUUCUGAGAAGCCCGCAGUCACCACCACGGUCACCACCACGGUCACCACCCACGCCACGCUCUGGUCACUUCCUCCCGGGGCUGUGAAACCGAACCCAUCAGAACGCCGGCCUCCUCUACACCUGCCCUGGGAGGGAAAUAGGCUUUGUACCGUCAGACACAUUCAGACGAGACUUUUUCAUGUAAAUCUAUUUUUGUAACUUUUUUGAGGAAUAUUGUCCUCUUAUGUAGCACUGAACUGCAGAAGGUAUGCUUUUAGGAGAACUCUCUUUUCUACAAAAGGAGAUGGUUUACUCUGGAAAGGUUGCAGGAGCGUUGUCGUUGGACACUGAGGUUAAAGGGGUUUUAUUGAAACAAGAGAAAAGCCUCCCCCUCUCACCAAGGGGCACAGUGUCAGCGUCGCUGCAGAGCGAGCUCAGGUCGGCACCGGACGAGGAGAGUCCUAUGUUUAUAUUUGUACAAGGUGGAGGGCGCCCGUAGCUCAGUCUGGGUCCGAAGCCGGUCCCUGAGUCUGUUUGGGCUGUUACUGGAAAGGAAUUACUGUUUGUUACCACUAAUAGACAGGUCCCACUGUACACCACCCUCCACUCGCCUGCCAGUGGACCCUGGAAAUGUAAAAUAAGCAAUAACAGAGCAUUUUCUUGCAAAUUAUUUUUAUGGGAAUUCUUACAAUUGAUAUGCAUUGGAUGCAGAUCAUUUUAUUUGUCUAUUACAAUUGAUAUGCAUUUGCCAGUACAGGCUGGAACGCCUGCAGAGCCCUGUGAUGUCUGGCAUGUUUUGUUCCUCUCCCUAUCGAUGAAGCCGCCGACCCUGGCCACUCGAGGGGGGAUCUCAGCCUUGCUGCGCAGUAAGGUCACCGGGGCAGCUUGGGAAAGAUCUUGAGACCAGCUGCAUCUCAGGCCAAUUCCAUGCAACUCUCUAGGGGUGAAUCCCAGAACCUGUGCUUUUUAAAGCUCCCAAAAUCAUUCUGAUGUCCAGCCAAGGUUGAGAAGUGACACCUCGGGACCAGCCACAGGUGUGUGGAUUUGCAGGCAAAUCCUUGCUGACGUAGGAACCUCGGGACUGGGCACUAAGCCGAGAAGACCUCAGCAUCCAUCGCGGAGCCCCAGGGCUCUGGGUGGGCAGGGGCUCCAGCCAGUCGCCCGCGCUCUGGAGGGGAGAGGGUCUAACCAGCGCUGAAAAGGAGGGAGAUGCAGAGCAGAUGCUGUUUCUCCGCACCCCGUUAACGACGGGCUGGCCUAGCGUAGAGACAGGGAGCCUUCCUGCGCCCGUGCAGCCCGCUUGCCCACCGCCCCCUGGCAGCCAAGGCACCUUCGUUUCCCAGGAGAAAGAAAACGCUGACCAUCAAUUACAUUCCGAAGGCAGACAUCAGGAGCACUGCCUGAGCAGUUGGACGGCUUUCAUAAAAACAAGGGGACUCAUGCUUUAAGAAACAUUUUUCAUACCUUUUUCAUAAGUUAUAUCUGGAAUGAAAAGCAAUCCGUGUGGUUUUCUCUUCCUGCAUGGCAGGCACAGCCCCUAAGGCUGUCCUUUCAGAAGUCCUAAGAGUCCCCACCCGUCACCUGGCAGAUACAUUGUUAGAUACAUUUACUUGUUUCUUUUAUAAAAAGAAUACCUUUUGACCUAAUUUGGCUACAAAAUAAUCUUGCUGUGUAACAGAAUGUCUUAGAAAGAUGAGAUCCUGUGGGCUCGAGGUCACAAUGUAACUGAGUAGCUACACAGACAGCAAUAACUUCCUUUUUGAAACAAGCAAUAGCUUUAGACACGGUACGUUUUUAACAUUGUCAAGUGUUUUUGUGAUGAGAGCAGUAUUUGUACAAAUGAAAAAAGCAAGAUUUUCUUUAUAUGGUUUACAUGUGGGAUCAGAACCUGUUGAUUGUAGGCUGAGUAUUAAACAAUUAGAUGUAUAUUAUUCAUUGUUCUUUUUUCGUACCUCCUAAGAAUAAUGUUGUAUCCUUGGUUAACGAUGUCGAUAUUACUUAUUGAUCAUAUCUGACCUGUAGAUGUUCUUUCCUGAUAACUUUUUAAAAUUCAUUAAUAAACUUUAUUUUUAGAGCA